GGCGUGGGCUCGAGAGCGCCAGCAGCGUUAAAGGCUGCUCCCCGCCCUGCUAGCCGGUCCAGUCACGGCAGUGCGCAGGCGCAGAGCUUACUCCUUGUCAGUCGGCGUCGCGUGCUGGCUAGAGGCUUUGUAGCAGCGGCGGCAGCGGCGGCUGGUCUCCGGCAUCAUGAGCGGCUUCAGCAGCGAGGAGCGCGCCGCGCCCUUCACCCUCGAGUACCGAGUCUUCCUCAAAAAUGAAAGAGGACAAUAUAUAUCUCCAUUUCAUGAUAUUCCAAUUUAUGCAGAUAAGGAUGUGUUCCACAUGGUGGUUGAAGUACCACGCUGGUCGAAUGCAAAAAUGGAGAUUGCUACAAAGGAUCCUUUAAACCCAAUUAAACAAGAUGUGAAAAAAGGAAAACUCCGUUAUGUUGCAAAUUUGUUCCCUUAUAAAGGAUAUAUCUGGAACUAUGGUGCCAUCCCUCAGACUUGGGAAGACCCAAGACACAACGAUGAACACACCGGCUGCUGUGGUGACAAUGACCCAAUUGAUGUGUGUGAAAUUGGAAGCAAGGUAUGUGCAAGAGGGGAAAUAAUCAGGGUGAAAGUUCUGGGCAUACUGGCUAUGAUCGAUGAAGGGGAAACCGACUGGAAAGUCAUUGCCAUUAACGUGGAUGAUCCUGAUGCAGCCAAUUAUAACGAUAUUAAUGAUGUCAAGCGGCUGAAACCUGGCUACCUGGAAGCUACUGUGGACUGGUUUAGAAGGUACAAGGUUCCUGAUGGAAAACCUGAGAACCAGUUUGCUUUCGACGCAGAAUUUAAAGAUAAGGACUUUGCAAUUGAUAUUAUUAAAAGCACUCAUGACUAUUGGAGAGCAUUAGUGACUAAGAAAACUGAUGGAAAAGGAAUCAGUUGCAUGAAUACCACAGUGUUUGAGAGCCCCUUCCAGUGUGAUCCUGAUGCUGCCAAAGCCAUUGUGGAAGCUUUACCACCACAUGAACCUGCCUGCACAAUACCAACAGAUGUGGAUAAGUGGUUCCAUCACCAGAAAAACUAAGGAAAUUUCUCUGGAAUACAAGCUGAUACUGCUGCAUCCUUUUCGUCUGAAAGCAUUAGAUGCAAAAGUAGUAACUUUUCCAAGCUUUAAAUUUAUAGAACUAAUCAAUCAAAUUCUGCUGUGACCAAUCCAAUAUAUCCAUACUGUUAUCCAUCUAAAAGCAUCUUUCAUAUCAACUAAGAUAACUUAGUUCCUGCUUAAAUAUCAAGACAGUUGUAGUUUGGAAGUCAUCUGUGAAUAAAUGUCCAAGAUAAGUACGUAUUGGAUGUAUAUGUUUGCCAUGUGUUAGGAAAUAAAAUUAUUUUAUUGAAA